UCAGGCUCAGGGGGCCGCGACUAGCUCCUGAGAGGGAAUUAGGUCAACUGAGCGGUGGUGGCAGGCUGCGGGGCCGUUUCUUCAGACGAAAAACUGCACUAAGUCCUUCUCUAACGUGAAAAACAGGACUCGGUUAUUGUGCUCAGAUGCGUGUUAUCUGGCUGCUGCGAAUGAGCUUUUCCAGCGUGGGCCCGGGCUGAAGUGUCAAGUCGGAUUUUCUGCUAACAGCGAGAAAGAUAGCAGUGUAAACAAGGAUGAAGAGGAUGAAAGGAGGUGAGGAGGACAGCAGUGGCUCUCCCAGUGAGAGAACACCGGAGGCUUGUAAGAAGGUGCGAAAGCAGGUGGACGAGGAUUCGGAGACAGCCGAAGCCAGUGAGUCGUCAGAGUGUAAGUGGGCACGACUGCCUCAGGAGCUCCUGCUCCACAUCUUCCAGUACCUCCCUCUGCUGGACCGGGCUUAUGCCUCUCAGGUGUGCCGUGGGUGGAACCAGGCUUUCCACAUGCCCGAGCUGUGGAGAUGCUUCGAGUUUGAGCUUAACCAGCCGGCCAGCUCUUACCUGAAAGCCACACAUCCAGACCUCAUCAAACAGAUUAUAAAGAGGCACUCCAACCACCUGCAGUACGUCAGCUUCAAGGUGGACAGCAGUAUGGAGUCUGCAGAGGCAGCAUGUGACAUUCUUUCACAGUUGGUGAACUGCUCACUGAAGACGUUGGGGCUCAUCUCUACAGCCAGGCCCAGUUUCAUGGAGGUUCCAAAGUCUCAUUUCAUCUCGGCUCUGACUGUGGUGUUCGUCAACUCCAAAUCGUUGUCUUCGCUCAAGAUCGACGACACACCAGUAGAUGAUCCAUCCCUGAAGGUGCUGGUGGCCAACAACAGCGACACUCUGAAACUGCUGAAGAUGAGCAGCUGUCCUCACGUCUCCCCAGCAGGGAUCCUGUGUGUGGCAGAUCAGUGUCACGGGCUGAGGGAGCUGGCACUGAACUACCACCUUCUGAGCGAUGAACUCCUGCUGGCCCUCUCCUCUGAGAAACACGUCCACCUGGAGCACUUGCGUAUUGAUGUUGUGAGUGAGAACCCAGGCCAGCACUUCCACACCAUCAAGAAGAGCAGCUGGGACGCCAUGGUGCGGCACUCGCCCAAAUUCAACCUGGUCAUGUACUUCUUCCUCUAUGAGGAUGAGUUCGGCCCUUUCUUCAAUGAGGAGAUCCCCGUCACACACCUCUACUUCGGCCGCUCGGUCAGCAAGGAGGUCUUGGGCCGAGUUGGCCUCCACUGCCCCCGUCUGGUGGAGCUGGUAGUGUGCGCCAAUGGCCUGCGUCCUCUGGACGAGGAGCUCAUCCGCAUUGCGAAGCACUGCACCCAGCUGUCAGCCAUCGGCCUGGGUGAGUGCGAGGUUUCCUGCAGCGCCUUUGUGGAAUUUGUGAAGAUGUGUGGCCACAGGCUGUCUCAGCUGUCCAUCAUGGAGGAGGUGCUGAUUCCAGAUCACAAGUACUCCCUGGAUGAGAUCCACUGGGAGGUUUCUAAGCACCUGGGCCGUGUCUGGUUUCCAGACAUGAUGCCAACCUGGUAAAGAACAGCCAGAAAUCACACAGAGUUCAGUGUUUCAAAUUUGAGGCGAAAAACAUUCAUGACUCCUUGUGUGCGUUAAAAAAGUCUUUAAAUGCUCAGCAGAAGUUGAAUGUUUUGGUAGCAACAUGGAGAGCAUGAACUUACUGAACUGCGUGGAGUGUGAGGGCAGGGAUGUGAUGUGGCACCUAACUGCUACACAAUGUUAUCAUGUCAUGCAAACACCACAAAACUCUCUGCCUGUUAUCUUCCACGUGGACUGUAAAAACCUGCUUUGCAGAAUCCGGAGACAGAACUCACCAGGCUGGCUUCUUCACACUUUGAACUAUCAACACACAGACCAUUGCAGGUGGAAACAUUAGACAAAAGCAAUGUUUUUAUAACUGGCAAAUUGAGUUAUGUGGACAUUGUAGCCUGGUCAUGAUUAUCUAUAGUGUGUGUGUGUGUGUGUGUGUGUGUGUGUGUGUGUGUGUGUGUGUGUGUGUGUGUGUGUGUGUGUGUGUGUGUGUGUGUGUGUGUGUGUGUGUGUGUGUGUGUGUGUGUGUGUGUGUGUGUGUGUGUUCAAUGUUUUUUAACAUUGUGGAGUAAUUGAAAUGAUUAGGCGCACAAAUACAUGUAUCACUACCACUUAGCCUACUUAAAUCCAGUCUGAGAUAGUAGCUCUGCACUCUGUCACACAGUAUGGCAUCAGAGGUAUUUGUAUAGUUAUGAGACAGAAGGUUUUUUGUCAGGUGUAGUCAAGGCGGGUAUUCACUAAGUUUGAAGAACAGGGGCUGGGUCCUACACCUCAUUUUGAACUAAUGUAAAACAUAGGAGCAGUUAUGUUGCCCUGAGCUCAAUCUCACAUCCGCGAAGAAAACAUGACUGCUAAAAAUGUUGGAAGUUGGUCAGGAGAGAAAGAGAAAUAUGUAUAUAAGUCUAUAUUUGUGACGUGAAGGUAUACAGUGUUGAUUAAUGAUUUCUUUCUUCUUUUUUUCUGCAUCAAAUUAACACAUUUAUUUUAAAUAUAAUUUCUGCACAGGUAUAGAUAUCCUAAGCACCUUACAUGAAUACCAAAUGCUAGUCAGGACAAACAGAGGCUUUGUGUUUUUGGGUGUCUAAACAUCCAAAUGAAAGCAAAGAAACAUCAAAAUACUCCAAUAUAUCAUAGUUGGACCCAAAUUAUAGUGCUGAUUAUUACAGCUGUACUGCGGCUCUGUUGAAUCAGAGACUGAGGACAGUUUAUUGAAGAAAAAACCAGUCAGAUAAAUAAUUGUAUAUAAAUAUAGUAUAUAGUGCAGAGAAAUUUUAUGAGAUAGAUAUCGGUAAGUCUCCAACCUUCAUCCUCAGAUUGCUUUAUAAUCAUUCAGCAAUAGGCUAGUCUCUGUGGCUGUUAGCUUGUCAUGCGUGCUGGGAAUGCAAAACUAAUCCUUUGUGUGGCUCAGGUGCAUUCAGUAAAUAUUUCCUAUAUAGGUUUCAUUUGUAUCUUCUACUAUUUGCCUGUUCAAGCUCUAAACCUCGGUCCUGUCGUGAAUAUCUGCCCUCUUAUUAGCCCACGUUUGCUCUGUAUUGUGUCAUCUCAUCGUACACGCAGGAGAGGAACAGUGUUCAUCGUGUCACUACAAGCAUCGACUUUGCAGAUAACGCUAGCACAACUGUCCCGAAACAACAACAACAACAAACCCACCCAUUCAUUUCAGUUCAAAAGAGAUUUGGCAAGUCAGAUGAGUGAAACACAUUUUUUUUCCUUUAAGAAGGAAGUCAAAUGCAUCUGUAUAUAAAACGCUGUGUGUUUGAUUAUUAUUGUGAAUAGAAAUGUACUUAUUUCUUUAUUUCACCCUCUGUCAGGGUUUGAAGUUUCCUUAACCGACAGCUCGUGUCUUUUAUAAACCAGAUUGCGAGUUAUCCUUUGCUAGAUGGAUCUUUUUCAUACUGUACUCAUUAGAGAAAAUAAGCUGUGUAAUUUAUUGAUAUGGAUAUAGCUUUUGUAAUUAAUUUGUGUUUUCCGGUAAUACAAAAGAAGCAAGAAUCAUUUUAAAAAACCAGCAAGCAGACCAGCAGUGAGAUUUUAGUUUUGACACUUCCACCCCACUCUUGAUGGUUUUGUUGCACACAGGAGGGUCCAAAAGUCUUAAAUUCACUACAACAAACUUUUAAGAAUUUACCAACACACUGGAGCUAUUUUAAGUCAUUUGCAAAAUUACUAAGCAAAACUUUAAGUGAUCACACUCCAGUUUGUCAGUUUAACCCUGCACACAGUUCUGCAGAUGAAUGCCACAGUGUUUUUUGUUAAAUUGUGUGAAAGGGAUAAUUUGCCAGCGUGACGAUGACACUAAAAAAUACACUUAAGUUUUGCUUCACUUGCUUGAAUUUCAGGGAAGAGAAAGGAGUGCUUUCCCCUCCAGUCACCAGAUGUGAGCCCUGCUGAUCAUCAUUUUGAAAACAGAUUUGUAAAAAUUAAGGCAAUAAGAAGGUAACCAAAUUAUGAGCAAGUGUGACCAUUUUGUGUCAGUAUGUUAUUAAAAACUAUGUAAUUAUGUUAGAGAAUAAUAAUUUGUGUAUUUUCAGUUGUCAUUAGUGGACAAACUUUUGGACAAUCCUGCAUGUGUUUUAUUUUCCCGCCAUUCUUUCUUCCUUUUAUCAUUUCUUCCGUAUAUGUCACGUUAGAUAUUUCAUGCAGCCAAACAGGAAUGUCGACUAAAACUGAGUCGCUUUUUUCAGGAAGUGCAAACGCUAACAUUUAGUAGUAUUGGUCUCUUAUUACUCUGAUUACUCUCAUUAACAUAUCUCCUGAUUAUUUUUCAUGAUUUUUGCUGUGGAUAAAACCGUUGCCGUGACAACAGCUCUGAAGUGAAAGUUCUUCAGCUUCUUUCAACUUUUUGAAGGCAGUCAGUGUCUCAAAACUCAUUUACAGCACUUUGUUGUUGGUCUUUAUUGGCUUUAAUGUGAGAAUUCAGCCAGAUGAGUAAAACGUUUCACACAGAGGAAGAGGGAAAUGUAUUUAUCUUUCAUCAUUAAGAUGCCUCGUCAGUAAUUGUCAUUUUAACCUUGUUUGUUCAGAGUCCUCCGAUAAGUUUAUUAUGAGUAAACUUGUGUUGACAAUGCUGUCCUUUAGUUUUGCUUCCGUAUGGCAAUUGCUUUGUCUGCUUUGCUUUACUGGUCACCUGUCAUGAAAUUGUUUUUCGACAUGUGAUCUUAUACUGGUAAUAAAACAUUGUGAAUGUACUCUUCGUAUCUGUUAUCCCUGUUUUGUUUUGUUUUAAAGUGCAAUAAAUAAUA